AUGGCAAGAUUUUUUAGUCGGGUUUGGAAUACCAAAAAAAGGAUUGAUGCAGUUUCGAUUUGAAAAAAUAUUCCGAAUUGUCGUCUACAGCUCAAUAGUUUGUGAUCCUCAAAACUCUGGUCCAAUUUUGAAUUGAUGUUUUCAGAAAAUGAAAUCCUCAAGAUUUUUUGAAUUCAUUGAACUGGUUGAAAAUCAUAAAAUAAAAUAAAUUAUUCAAUUUUUCAAAUAAAUGUGAAACUUUGUGUGUUGACUUCAACAAUGGAUCAAAAAUCCGAUACUAAAGGUCAAGAAGAUGAAUAUCUUGAGAUGUUGCUACUAGAUUUUAUCUAUUUUAUUGAAUUCAUCAAAUUCGAAUGAAAAACCAAAAAAGUAUCGAUCGAAAUUUUAUUUAUCCAAUAUUGUUAUUCAUUGUUACUAUAUUUUUAAUUUAUCGAUUUGGAAUUAUAUUUUUUGAAAGUAGGGUUUCUGCUGUUUUGACCCAAUUUUGAUCAAAAGCUUUUUUAUUUCAGAAAAUGAAGAAAUUGUUAGCAGUUUGCAAAGAGAAAUUGAAAAAAGAUAUACUAUUAUGAAUGAAUUAUUUGAUGCUGUAAAUGAAUUGAACACAAAAAAUCAAUUUGUUAGUUUUUUUUACAGAGAAUAUAGGUUAUUUACUGAAAUUGUUUCCAGGAACCACAAUUUCGACGACGAUUUGAAACGCAGAAUGUUGAUUGUCAUAGUUUAUUUCAAAAUAAACAAGUGAGCGUAUAUUAACUAGAACUUCCGAUUUCACAGAUAUUUUACAGAAUGCUGCACGAUUUACUGAAAAACAUCGUAUUCCAAUAGUUGAGACAAAAAAUCUGAACAUGAGUUGUUCUUCAAUAAAAUCUAGAAUUUUUCCACCAUUCAAUCUUCAAUCUUUAAAAUUUGGUGUUGCAUUUGCUCGAAUUGUUUACACUGAUUAUGAGCUUAUUGAAGAUCAGAUAAGAUCUUCCUAUCAUUCUCAAAAUCAAUAUUGUUUUUCAAUUGACAGCAAAGCAGAUCAAUUAUUUCAUUCAAAAAUGAGAUUAUUAUCUUCGUGUAUUUCGAAUAUAUUGUUGAUUGGAGAAGAAUUAUCGAUUGAUUCGAAAGGUCAUAAUGUUAACAAAGCUCAUUAUAAUUGUUUGAAAGAGUUAGUCAAAAAACCAGGUUGGGGUUAUGUGAUACUUUUACAAAAUCAUGAUAUGAUAACAAAAAGUAUAUUUGAUCUUGUUCAAAUUUAUGGUAUUCUUGGAGGCGCAAAUGAUGUUUUUAUUGCUCCAUCACAAAAUAGAAUUGAUAAAUCAUUGAAUUGGAAUCCUUUCGAUCUUGGAUUAUUUCCAAAUAAAACAAAUCAAUCAUUAACAAUGUCAGCAACUUCUGUACAAGCUUCAUUUUCAUUUUCUGCUGUUGAAUGGAUGACUGAGACAGUAGAUCUGACAAAAAUUAUUGAUCAAUUGAAUAGAUCUGAAUAUGGUGUUGACGAAAUAUUAUGGAGUGUUUUACAAGCUUCAGAUUUUCUGGAAAUGCCUGGACAUUUUACACAUAAAUGUAUUGAUGAAGGGAAAUCAACAGUUCAUUUAUCAAGGUAUUCACUUUGGAGUUUUCUUGGGGAACAUUGUGAGAACAUCAGACACGAUAUUUGUAUUCUUGGUGUUGAACAUCUUGCGAAAAUCAUUCGUCUACCAAAUAUCGCUGUCAAUAAAGUAAGUUUUCAAAUUUCAGAAAAUAUUUUUUGGAACUUUUUUUUCCAGAUGCUUCCUUCAUUUGAUUAUGCUUCAAUUGAUUGUCUUAAUGAACAUAUAUUCAAUCGAACUAUGAAACAAAACAAAAAUAUGUUAGAUGAUGUUCCAUUAGAUGUGAGCUAUUAUGAGAAUAUGGUGAAUGUGAGUUGAACAUUUUCCAAGAUCGAAAAUAAAUUGAAUUUCUGUUUCAGGUGCAAUAUCAUAAACAUAACAACACUCCGGGUUACAAAUUAAUAUGUUGAUACAUUUUUUUGUGAAUCAAUGAAACAAAGACAUGAAAUAGUUUUUUCUAAUGUUCUUGUGUCAAUAAAUAACCGAAAAAAAAAACCAAAAAUUAGGGAAAAAGUAUUAAUUAUACAACAUCUCAUAAAACGGUUUUAAUUACCGUUUUGCGACGUAUUUUAUGCAUUUUUUAUCAGACAUCAACCAUUUUCUUCUAGUUUGAGAGUCACGUACAGACAAACGAAAAAAUGGUGCAACUUACCAGUCAAGACAAAAUAUUUAUUGGAGCUUCUGGUUUAACAGCAAUUGUUGGAAUUGUUUUGAUUGUGAUUGGUUUUGUGCUUAGAUUUGGAAAUGGUUUUGCACAAUUCAGUAAUUAUGCUCAAGCAGAUAAUGAUUUUCUUGAGUUGAAAAGACUUGAUAUGAUAUUUGGAUUAUUUGUGGCAGCAGCUGGUGUUCUUGUUUUAUCAUUUGCUAUUGCAACUAUUUCUACUCUCAAACAAAAUCGUUUUCUAUUAAAAGCAGUAAGUUGUCAGAUUACGGUAACUCCAAAUUAUAUUCAAUCAUAAUUCAGUAUUGCGCCAUAAUUGCUCUUAUGAUUGUUGUUCAACUUGUUGAUGGUCUUCUCGCUUUUACAUAUUCUGAUCAAGUUAAUCAACUUGCUUCUGAUGACAUUAUGUAUGAAUCAUUGUCAAAAGCUGCUCAAAAAACACCAAUUGGCUCAACCCAACUUUCAUCAGAUAUUGAAGUUCAAUUCUGGGCGAAUACACAAAGUUCAUUCAAAUGUUGUGGAGUUUACAAUUCAUCAGAUUGGACAAUGCUUUGGGGAAAAGAAUCAUCAGAUACUCUUUCACUCUUGAAUUGUGUUACUAGAAAUUAUCAAAGUGUUAGUUGAAGAUUUUCUUUUUGCUAAAAAAAAGGUUUCAAAUUGUUUCCAGGGUUGCGAACAAAUUGUGCGUAAUCGAAUUUCCAGCGAAGCUUCAUAUCUCGGAGUUGCAUCAAUGGGAGUUCUUGUUGUCGAAGUGAGUUUUCUGAAGCACGUGCGAAAUUGUUUUUAUCUUAUCAGUAACAUAAGAUCACAAACUAUCACGCACACAAUUUUAACGACCAAACCAAACGCGGAAUGUUUAUUUUUCAGGUUAUUGCCAGUUUUCUCGCCGGUUAUCGCGCUUAUACUUUGGCACAUCCGGAAUUCGAUAAAUAA